AUGGCCCACCACGACGAAAAGGAUGUCUCGGGCAAGGAGGCCUAUGAGCCUCAUGUUACGUCCGGCUCGGAAAUUGUCGACGAGGAGGUCGGCGUUGUUCACAAGGGAAGCAACCUGAGCCGCGACCUGAAGAACAGACAUAUGCAGAGUAAGUUUUAUUCCUUGUGUGGUGCUAUCGGUGCUGGUCUCUUCGUUGGAUCCGGAAGCGCUCUCCGAACCGGCGGUCCUGGAGCCCUCGUCAUCUGCUACAUGAUUAUCGGCAUAAUGCUGCUGUUCACAUGCCAGGCCCUGGCUGAACUGGCUGUCCUCUAUCCUGUCAACGGCGCUUUCUAUACCUACAUUGUUCGGUUCAUUGAUCCCUCAUGGGGUUUCGCCAUGGGCUGGGACUAUGCCAUCUCCUGGCUGACCGUCUUGCCGUUUGAGCUCGUGGCCGCGUCCAUCACCAUCACCUUCUGGCGAGACGAUCUGAAUAUGGGUAUCUGGAUCGCCGUUUUCCUCGUGGUCCUCUCUACUAUCCAGAUUUUUGGUGUCCGCGGUUACGGUGAGGUCGAGUUCGUCCUCUCCAUGAUCAAGAUUGCUGCUUGCACAGGCUUCAUCAUCCUGGGCAUUGUCAUCAACUGCGGCGGUGUCGGAAACCAGGGCUAUAUUGGAGCAAAAUACUGGCACAAUCCUGGUGCUUUUACCGAUUUCAACGGCUUCUGCAGUGUGUUUGUGACGGCUUGCUUCGCCUUUGGCGGAACUGAGCUUGUUGGCCUUGCUGCGGCUGAGUCUGUCAACCCAAGGAAGGCCAUCCCCCAGGCUACAAAGCAGGUCUUCUGGCGCAUCUGCUUCUUCUACGUGGUCAACCUCUUCAUUGUCGGCCUCAUCCUGCCGUACAACGACCCCAGACUGGAGGGCUCUUCGGGCGCCAACACCAAGGCCUCGCCCUUUGUGCUCGCCAUCCAGGACGCCGGCAUCUCCGUCCUGCCCUCCAUCUUCAACGUGGUCAUCACCCUGGCCGUCAUCUCUGUCGCCAACUCGUGCACAUUCGGCUCGACCAGGACGAUGCAGGCCAUGGCCGAGCGAGGAAUGGCUCCCCGUUUCCUGGCCUACGUCGACGCUUCUGGGCGUCCCAUCUGGUGCAUCGUCGUCCAGAUCGCCUUUGGCCUGCUCGCUUUCAUCGGCGAGGCCACGGACCAGAGCACCAUCUUUGGCUGGCUGCUUGCGCUGUCGGGCCUGUCGUACCUCUUCGUCUGGGGCACCAUCUGUGCCACCCACAUCCGCUUCCGCAAGGCCUGGAAGGCCCACGGCUACACCCUCGACCAGAUCCCCUACAAGCCUACCCUCGGCGUCUGGGGUAGCUGGAUUGGUCUCAUCCUCGCCAUUCUGUGCCUCAUCGCCACCUUCUACAGCUCCCUCUACCCUUCUGCCGAUGCCACUCCUGAUGCUGAGGUCUUUUUCGAGAGCUUCCUCGCCGCGCCUGUGGUCCUCGCCCUGUAUCUCGGCUGGAAGAUCUACACCAAGGAUUGGCGCCUGAUGGUCCCCAUCCACGAGAUGGAUCUCAAGUCUGGUCUUCGUGUCCACAACCCCGAGGACGAUGAUGUUGAGCCCAAGCAGAGCUGGUUCAAGCGCAUCAUCCAUGGUCUGAUCUAG